AACCGACUCUUUUCCUUCGGAGCUAAUCUUUUGCUUUUUGCCUCGAAGUCACGAGUCACAAUCGAUUAUUACUUUUUUUCCCCCCUGCGUUUUCCCUCAUUUUCCUGCAUUUUCUGGCUCCCAAUGGCUACUGAACCUUCCGCCGAUUCCUACGUAGGCAGCUUCAUCACUUUGAUAUCCAAGUGCGAGAUUCGCUACGAGGGCGUCCUCUAUGUCCUCAACGCCCAAGACUCCACCAUCGGCUUGAAAAACGUAAGGUCUUAUGGGACAGAGGGACGAAAGAAAGAUGGCACACAAAUUCCUCCAAGUGAUAAAGUGUAUGAAUUCAUUCUUUUCCGGGGAAGUGACAUUAAGGAUUUGCAAGUUAAGUCAACACCACCUGCUCAAAAAGAAGAUCAGAUUCAUGAUGAUCCUGCUAUCAUUCAGUCACAUUGCUCUGGCGGGCUUUCAAGUUCUCUGGCAUCAGCUUCAGUUGGUGGUGGAGCUUUGACAGAAUCAAGUGGUUACCAGGAUGCCCCUGCUUUGGUCCAUAGAGCCUAUCCUGGUGCAUUACCUUCAUAUCAAUCUGGCAUGCCGGUGGGUCCAUUGGGCCAACCGCAAACCACUCAAAUUGCUGGUGUGCCAUCUCACGCCAUGUCAAUGUAUUGGCAAGGAUAUAAUGAAACAUCAAUCAAUACCUCUCAUGCUCCACAGCAGCCUUCUCCUCAGGCAACAUCCACAACGUCAUUUCCCUCAGCAUUGCCGAAUGAGUUGCAGGCUCCUGAAAUUCAGGCAUCUCCAUCUGUGAGCUUGACAAAUACAUUGGAAUGCAUUGCUCCUGCACCUUCACUUAUAGCAUCUGAUUCUGCACCCUCACUUAUACCAUCUAAUUCUGUGCCUUCACUUAUCCCGUUGAAUUCUGCGCUUUCAAAAUUUUCAUCUUCUCUUACUCAGGAACAGUUUUCUACUUCUUCUGAUACAAUGUCCUUCUUGUCUGCAAAGGCAACUCUGCCAUCCUACUCUGCACCUGUAAAUUCGAAUAUAAUAAACAUGUCUUCAUUUCCUUCAUCUUAUCAAGACGUUAACACCACUGAAGCUCCAAUUACUGGUAAAAUAGUUUCUGAUCUGGUAUUGGUGCCUCCUAUCCAUCCCCUGCAUCAUUCUGCAUCCACAAUAGGGGGUUCCACCUCUGGCCUCCUUCUGACUCCACCGCCAACUUUAUUAACUCCUGAUCAAUUAGCACAGCCCAUGUCAUCCAUGCUUUCUUCCUCACAGAAAGUAUACCCUGAUCAGAGGGAUAAGGUUGCUCCAACAUCAACAUCUCCUAAUACUUUGAGCACAAUGUCUACUCCAGCACUUCAAGCACCAUUGUUGCCAUUGCCAGCCUCUGCUCAACAGUCUCAGAAGUCUGCUGUGCAGUUCACUGAAGAAUUCGAUUUUAUAGCGAUGAAUGAAAGGUUUAAAAAGGAUGAAGUUUGGGGUUAUCUUGGAAAGGCAAAGCAAAGGGAUGAAAAGGAAGGGAUGGAGGACAAUGCACUUGGUCAAGGCUUGGGUGACAGAGAGGGUUAUGGACAAGUACCCAAAUCGGAUGCUAAACCCGCUUAUAAUAAGGAUGAGUUCUUUGACACAAUUUCUUGUAAUUCUCAUGCCCGCGGGACUAGGAAUGGACAGAACAGGUUCUCUGCGCGAAUGAAGAUGGAUACUGAGACUUUUGGCAAUUUUCAGCAGAGACCUCAUCUAGGUUAUGGUGGCUACAGAGCUGGGCGUGGUGAGAACUACCGUGGCUCAUAUAACCGGGGAAGAGGAUUUGCCUAUGGUGGGAGAGGGGGUGGUUGGGACAUGCCCAUGUGAUGCCAUUUGGAUUUCAAAAUUUUCCGGAAGGUACAUGGUUGUGAGUGUCCAUCAGAUAUCUUCCCUCCAGUUUUGAUUCCUUCUCUGUCAACUCUACUGUUAGAUUUUUGAAGAAUGAACCACAAAUCCUCAAAUUAAGUGAUUUGGAAUAUCUUAUCUUGGGGCUUUCAUUUUGUGGAGUAGAAACAUGGAAAUAGGAAGUUAUGGCAGGUUCAUGUUUUUUUUAUUAUAUGAGCUGGCCUUUGUCAUUUACUGUUUUAAUCAAUCGUUUUCCAGGAACAAACCAUUGGGAUUAGUUUUAAAACCCUUUUCCCCCAAGGAGAACUCACAUCUAGCAGUGU